AUGUACGAGCGUGCAGAAAUUGGCGAGCAUCAACAAGUGUACUAUGUGGGUCAAAAUUGCAGAAAUAAAAAGCCUGCAAGCAUGGAGGCCAGUCACAGUAACUUUGGCUAUGAUGAUGACCGAGGUGAUUAUUUAAUUGUCAAUCAUGACCACCUUAUGUACCGAUAUGAAGUCCUGGAUAUGCUCGGCAAAGGCUCGUUCGGACAGGUGGCUAAAUGCUAUGAUCAUAAAACUGGGGAAUACGUUGCGAUUAAGAUCAUCAGGAAUAAGAAGCGAUUCCAUUGCCAGGCUGUAGUGGAAGUCAAGAUCCUGGAUAACCUCAACAAAUGGGAUCCUGAGGCUAAGCAUAACUUGAUCCGUAUGACAGAUCACUUCUAUUUCCGAAACCAUCUUUGCAUUGCGACAGAGCUGCUCUCGAUCAACUUGUACGAGUUUAUCAAAAGCAAUUCGUUCCAGGGCUUCAGUUUGGGACUUAUCAAGCGGUUUUGCACCCAACUCUUACAAUCUCUUGAUCUGUUAAACAAGCACAACGUUGUUCACUGUGAUCUCAAGCCAGAGAACGUUCUGUUGAAGCAUCCUACCAAAUCCAGCAUCAAGGUGAUUGAUUUUGGAAGCAGCUGUUUGGAAAAUGAAAAGGUGUAUACCUAUAUUCAAUCUCGGUUCUAUCGUUCGCCCGAGGUCAUUUUGGGCAUGUCAUAUAACAUGGCGAUCGACAUGUGGUCCCUUGGAUGUAUUUUAGCGGAGCUCUAUACCGGAUACCCUCUUUUCCCAGGUGAAAACGAGCAGGAGCAACUUUCAUGUAUUAUGGAGAUCCAAGGUGUCCCAGAUCGUUAUCUCAUCGAGAGGAGUACACGCAAGAAGGUGUUCUUUGAUGCAUUGGGAAGCCCUAAACUUGUAGUCAAUUCUAAAGGAAAGAAGCGUAGACCAGGAUCAAAGACUUUGGCACAGGUUCUGAAGUGUAAUGAUCCUCUGUUCUUAGACUUUAUUUCCCGAUGCUUGAUCUGGGACCCAGAAAAACGGAUGAAGCCUCAAGAGGGUCUACAGCACGAAUGGAUCUCGGAAAUUCGUGCGCCAGUGCGCUCACCCUUCAGUCCACCCUUAAGCUCUUCAGAGAAUCCACUGAACAGCAGUACAAGCAGCAACGGCUCUUUAAGCGCUCGCCGUCGUAGUUCCAUGUAA